AUGGCACAUAAAGACAUGGCUCGGUUACUCACUCUCCUUAUUCGCUUGUCUCAUCACUUCCAUCUUCUACCGGCACUGGAGAUCCACCGCUCGCGACUCAAACUCAUAUGCGAGUGCCUUUGCGAAAUCAAAUUCAUCACCUUCGGCUAUGAUCAAAGAGCUGCCGCUUCGGACGAUGGAUGGUGGGGGGAAAGGGAGGUGGUCGACGGAUUGGCAAUUGGGUAUUUGUUGUUUAGAAGUGAAGAUGAGAAUUUGAUGAUUUCAGCCCCAAAACUCAAAAUCAAUGGAAGCGAGAGAGUGAGAAAAGGAGAGGGACGAUGA